UACGCAUUGUGGAACCAUUGUCCCUUUUCUCCAUAACAUAAGCAUAUCAGACACAUUUUUUACUCUCUGAAAAUAUGAUAGUGACAAUUGUUUCAUAUACACAAGAAUUCACCAUGGAAAUCAGUGAACAAGAAUCUGUGUUGGAGGUCAAGAAACGUUUAGGACAGUUUCUUCAGAUCCCAGCAUCUUCUUUAACUCUCUUUGUCUCUUGUUGGGAACUCAUCGACGGUCUUGACAUCGAAGAUUACCCAAUCAUCUCUCACGGCACCAGAAUCGACCUCACCGUAACUCCCUUUUUCACCGCACCGUCUUUUAUCAACCCGGCCGUUAGAAAAAUCCACGUCACCGUCAAGUUCCCGUCAAAACAGUUCACCGUUGAAGUAGACAGAACCGAAACGGUAAGUAGCUUGAAGGACAAGAUUCACAUUGUGGAGAACACACCGAUAAAGCGAAUGCAGUUAUACUAUUCCGGGAUUGAGCUAGCUGAUGAUUAUCGAAACCUAAACGAAUAUGGAAUCAGUGAAUUCUCAGAGAUUGUGGUGUUUCUCAAGUCGAUCAACCGAGCCAAAGACGUUGCUCCGGUGAGGAAACUCUGUUUCUUGGUGCAGACGUCAUCGAGUUUAUUCAACGGUGCGAGGAUUCCUGUGGAGAUAAGACGUCGCUCGCUGGAGGCUACGAUUCAGCUUGCUGCACUGCCGUCUUAG